CUCCGUCUCCGGCCGAGGAAUCCCAGGCAGUGUUUAAUUGCAGAGUGCAAAGGCUGUUGUUGGGCUAAUGAGCUCAGCACCGGAGCCGAGGCUCCUUCACGCGGUCGUGGAGGGACAGAGCCGCGCGGAGUCCGUCGCCACGGGAGCCGCGCGGAGCGAGCGGAGUUCAGGCGGCGCCGAGAGAAGGAAUUCGCACAUUCAGGUACGGUCGGCUCCGUGAGGGAAUAUACCACAGGCAACAGCCAAAGUGAGAGGUGGAGAAGGAGAGGACAGCGGGAGAGAGGAGGGGAGGGGAGGAAACGGGAAAUACACAGCCCGAGAGAGAGAGAGAGAGAGAGAGAGAGAGAGAGAGAGAGAGCCUGCAGCAGCAAAUGAGACAGAACAACGAGGCGGGAGAGGUAGAAAGAGAGGGAGGGAGGGAGGAGAAGGGCCCCGUGUAGGAGACAGGGCUACAGGGGUGGAGGGAGAAAAAGUUAGGAGAAGUAGGAGAACGAGUGGAGGGAGGAGGAGAACGGGUGUAGAGACGAAGAGAAGAAGAAGAAGGGAAACAACAGGCAGGAAGGAAAGGGAGGGAGAGGAGAGACCGGAGCCGAAGAAAAGUUUUCUUGUGGGAAGACGCGGAUGAGGAAAGCAGAGCGAGUGAAUGACUGGGCUGCAGGCGGCAGGCAGGGGCGGAGACCGCUGCUGCUCUGAACGCUUUCCUCGCCCGCCUCGCGACUCCUUGGGACAUGUACACAGACGGCGCUCAGACCGCGGGCUUCCACCGCGUCCUCCAGCACGGCGCCUGCCACGGCUGCCUCCGCCCCCGGCAGCCCAACGGGCCGGGGCGCCGGGCCGGGCGGACGGCUCCAAGGGGGAGAGACAGGACCGGAGCCAGCGCUCAGCGCAGCCCACAGAGGAGGCCUGUGUUCGCAGGGCCGGGUCAUCACGACCCGGCGCCGGACCCGGACCCGGCCCAGCGGAGCCCCCCGCCGGAGGCCGGGCUGAGGCGCCUCCCGCCCGUCCCGCCGUGUGGCUGCGCGGCGCUGGUGCCACAUCCUCUCCCCCAUCUCCAGGUCAGAGGUCACGGGCACCGGCACCGGAGGAGCGUCAGAUACGUCACGGUGGAUGAGCAGGAGGAGGAAGGAUGCGGGUGCUCCUCCGGGCCACGCAGCCCCCCUCUGCCCCUGCCCAACGGCCUCGGCGGAGCCGGGCCUGCCUUCCUCCAGCACGGCGCCGGGAGAGAUAGCCAUCAGGACCGGGCCGGGCAGAGGGGCGGAUCAGAGGACUGCAACGGGCAGAGCGGCGCCCACAGAGGCUUCUUCCCCACAGAAGUCCCACAGCAGCACUUGAACCAAAGCAGGAGGAGGACCCCCCCCCACGCCGCCUCCUCCGGCGUCACCAGCCCAGAGUCCUCCAUCGCGACAACCGCCACCGGCCACCGGUGCCGCGCGUCGGAGGCAGCGAGGCAGAAGGGCCGACGGGACUCGGUGAGGGAUCAGAUCCGACAGGUGGUGACGGAUCUGGAGGACGUGUUGGGGGGUUUGAAGCAAGUUCACGUGGAGAUGAAAGAGGUGGUCCAGCAAAUCGAUCGCCUCACAGCCAACAUGGACCUCGGCGACGAGACGCCGGCCAUCGCUCAGGAGUCGACCAGCCGCCCCCGCGGCUCCGCACGCGCGGCGGACGCCGGGCCGGUCCUCGCGGACGAGGACCGCAUCAUCCUAAGGACUAACUCUCCGUCACCUGUCCAUGUCGCGUCCGUCGUCAAAACCAGCCGCUUCACCCCCCCCGCUCACGCCAGGGACGCCGACCGGCCGGCCGCCAACGGCCACCUGCCUCACAUGUGCCCCCCGGGAGACCCCCCGCACUCGGACCCGCACCAGCACCAGCACCCGCGGAGCCUGGACCCCAAGGUCAUCGUUGGGAACAGCACCUCCACCUCCAAGAACCACAAGCCUCCGCCGUAUCCGCAGAACGGGCGGUGUGGCAAGGGUCUGCACGCGCCCCCCAGGCCUCUGAAGACCCCCGCCCACCCGAGCAGGGGCCGCCAGAGCACCAGCAUGGUGUGAGGGAGGGAGGGGGUGGUCUGCCCCGGUGCCACGGGGCCCGAAACAUGAGACCCUGGUGCAGCAAAUGGAGGUCAAAGAGAGCAGGCGGGGGAACAACUCAUGCAGGAGCUGAUGCCGCUGAGACGAGCCGUCAGCCGGUGGAAACGGAGCGCGGCCCGAAGGCGGGGACGGAACGGACCGGGUCGACCCAUGGCCGCACAUCAUGCGAGCACAGACGCAUGGACGGGUGCCAGUCGAACCUCCCUGGAAGAACAUUUAUGUUUCUACUCCUUGAGCUGAAAGGAUAAACUGUGAACUGCUACAACCCAGAUACAUGCCAGUAUAACUUAUUUUUAGUAUUUUUAUUGCAGAAACAUCUAUUUUUAGGCAGCUUACACCAGUCUAGAUACUACCUAAACAAAUGUAUGCUAGAUUAGGAUUUAUAUAAUCCAAACUAUUGUAGAGAUACUUAACAGUCCUUGCAGCUACGUGGGAAAAGGAGACUAGAUGAGAUUAAACUGCAAUACAACCCAUUUCGAUGCACUUUCCCUCAACGAAUCAAUCUGACGUCUCAGCCAUCAACCUCUAGAGAUGCACUGACUGCUGAAUGUCCCACAUCUGAGCGUGGAAUACGAUAAACGACGCCAGCACUUCGUUGCCCCCGGCUCUGGGGUAUUUUUCACUCGGCACUGAAGCAGGAGUGAGUUGUGGAAGUUGGAGGGAGGCUCCGGCUGAUGUGGAGACGGCAGCGCGCGGUCCCUCGCUGCUCGACUCAGACCUCCGCCAUCGGAGCGCAGCUCUCGUCCCGCCACCUUCCGCCUGCGUAUCAGUGAAGCUGCAGCGGCAGAUGGAGAAUGACACAUGCAAACUGUUCACUGUCCUGGACACUGAAUAGUAAUUGUUCCAUGACAAGUGAGAGGUGAGGGUGCAGGGAUGAUGAGCGAGUGGAGGCCACGUACCAACGGAGUCCAUUAGACUGAAAGGACCUCCCCAGAGCUUAAGGUCACAGGAAGACGCUAAAUCAGAGCCACAGACCUGUAGGUGGUAAAUAAAAGGGUGACAGGGAGCAGAAUCAGACAGAGACGGAGGUGCAGGCAGGUGAGCGGACAGAGAAGAAGGAGCAAGGACCAGACAGGCGAACGCUAACGAGGAGCUGGUUUAACUGCAGGUUUGGAUAAUGGGAGGGAAGUGGGAGCAGGUGUGUGACUGGGGCUGGAAGGGACAUGCGUGUGUGUGUGUGUGUGUGUGCAGACAUUUUCUACUUGCACCUGUUGAUUUUGCUUAAAUUAUGACUUUUAUUAGUACUGUUUUAUUUUUAUCAUAAAUAAAUUUUAUCACAA